AUGGCGUCUUCUACUGCUCUCACCUCAAAGGUGGAAUCGGGCUCGCCCUACCAGCUCGACAAACCUCAGGUCGGCAAAGCUACUACGGCGCUGCUGCGACACAUCAAGUCGAAGCAGGAAGAGAAGGAGAAGACCGCCACCAAGAAGACGCUGAUUGGUGACAACGACUCCGACGAUGAUGAGGACACCCCUCUCUCGAACGAGGCCAUCUGGCUUAUCCUCACCACCAAGAAGCACGUCGUGGAUAAGAACCGCCUGAAGCCCGGAAAGAUCAGCGUCCCGCACUCCCUGUACUCUUCGCCGUCGCUCAGCAUCUGUGUUAUCACUGCCGACCCCCAGCGCAGCGUCAAGGACAUCGUUGCCGACUCCGCUUUCCCCUCCGAGAUCAGCUCGCGCAUCGAAAAGGUCAUUGGCUUCUCUAAGCUCAAGGCCCGCUACACCAGCUUCGAGAGCCGUCGCCAGUUGCUCUCCGAGCACGACGUCUUCCUGGCCGAUGACCGCAUCAUCAACCGCCUGGUGCCCACCCUCGGAAAGAUCUUCUAUAAGUCUAGCAAGCGCCCGAUCCCUAUUCGCAUUGCCAAGAUCGAGAAGGAGGAUGGCAAGCGAGUCAAGAAGGAUCCCAAGAAGAAGGCUCCUAAGGAAGAGAGAACCGCUGCCUUUGCCUCGCCUCUCAUUGUCGCCAAGGAGAUUGAGCGCACGCUCCAAUGCACCCCCGUUCAACUUGCCCCCGCCACCACCUGCGCCGUCCGCGUCGGUUCCUCCAAGUUCACUGCCGAUCAGCUGACCGAGAACAUCACAGCUGUUGUCGACGGUAUGGUCCAGAAGUUUGUCACAAAGGGCUGGAGAAACAUCAAGGCUAUUCACGUCAAGGGCGCGAACACCACCGCUUUGCCCAUCUGGCUGGCCAGUGAGCUCUGGGUGGACGAGACCGAUAUCGUUGAGGUUGAUCCUCUUGCGGUCGAGGGUGAUGCCAAGGCUAGCAAGAAGCGCAAAUCUACUGGCGACGAGAAACUGCUCGAGGAUAAGAAGUCCAAGAAGUCCAAGGCUGCUGACGAGGGUGAGGAUGCGGCUGAGGUUGCGGCGCGGAUUGAAAAGCUCAAGAAGCUCAAGGCCCAGGCUCUGGAAGAUGGCGAGCCGGUGAAGGCCGAGGCUCCCAAAGCUGAAAAGAAGAAGAGAAAGUCGACUUCAUGA